AUGUCGGCAUCAGCACUUCUCAAAAGUCGUGUAAGACGCCCGAGCUACCUCAAGAAGCUUGCCAAAGCUGAGGAAUUGAUGCACCACUUCCCUAAUGGCAGCUACAUCGGCUGGUCUGGUUUCACUGGAGUUGGAUAUCCCAAGAAGGUGCCCACGGCUAUGGCUGACCAUGUCGAGAAGAAUGGCCUUCAGGGUCAACUCAAGUACAACUUGUUCGUUGGCGCUUCCUCUGGUGCUGAAACAGAAAAUCGAUGGGCCAAGCUCAACAUGAUCGAGCGUCGUGCUCCACAUCAAGUCGGUAAAGAGAUCGCAAAAGGAAUCAACAACGGCAAUAUCAAGUUCUUCGACAAGCACCUGAGCAUGUUUCCCGUGGAUCUUAUGUAUGGAUUUUACACGAGGGAGAAGGCAAACAACCGUCUGGACGUAGCUAUCGUUGAAGCUAGCGCCAUCACCGAAGAUGGAGGCGUAAUUCCUGGUGCUUCAGCUGGUGCAAGUCCUGAGAUUGUCCAAAUGGCGGAUAAAAUCAUCAUCGAAGUCAACACUGCUGCUCCUUCGUUUGAGGGUCUCCACGAUAUCACCAUGACUGAUCUUCCUCCUCGUCGCAAGCCUUACCUGAUUAUGGCCCCCGAGGAUCGUGUUGGCACUCCACAUAUUCCAAUUGACCCUGAGCGGGUUGUCGCUAUUGUCGAGUCGGACUACCCCGACCAGACUCAGCCAAAUGCACCCGAAGACGAUACUAGCAGAGCUAUUGCCAGCAAUCUUAUCGAGUUCUUGAAGUACGAGGUCAGCAAAGGACGUCUGCCUGAGAACCUCCUGCCACUUCAAUCUGGCAUCGGAAACAUUGCCAAUGCCGUAAUCGGUGGUCUUGCCGGAGGUAAUGCCGAUUUCAAGAACCUCAAGGUCUGGACCGAAGUACUUCAAGAUUCCUUCCUUGAUCUUUUUGAUUCAGGCAACCUUGACUUCGCAACUGCUACCUCUAUCCGCUUUUCUCCUGAUGGUUUCAAGCGUUUCUACGAUAACUGGGAGCACUACUAUCCCAAGCUUCUGCUUCGCAGUCAGGCAGUCUCAAACUCGCCUGAAGUCAUCCGUCGUCUGGGCGUGAUCGGUAUGAACACUCCUGUGGAGGUCGACAUCUACGCUCAUGCCAACAGCACUUGUGUCCUGGGCUCACGCAUGUUGAACGGUCUGGGAGGAAGUGCCGAUUUUCUGCGUUCGGCCAAGUACUCUAUCAUGCACACUCCAUCUACUCGCCCCAGCAAGACCGACCCCAAUGGUGUGUCUUGCAUCGUUCCCAUGUGCACUCAUGUCGAUCAGACCGAGCACGAUCUGGAUGUUGUUGUUACAGAGCAAGGUUUUGCUGAUUGUGCUCAUCCUGACUACGUGCCGAUCCUCGAGGACUACUUCAACAAGGCCGAGUUUGAGUGUUUGCGUAAGGGCAUGGGUCAUGAGCCUCACAUGCUCUUCAACUCGUUCGAUAUGCACAAGCAUCUUGUUGAUCAUGGAACCAUGAAGCUUGACAAGUGGAACUGGUAUGGUUGA